AUGGAGCCUGGACCUGGAGGCCUUUCUGUGCUGCCCCACUGGCCCCCGCCUAGGCGGCUGUCCGCCCUGUGGCCCACCCUAGUGGCUCUGGCCCUGCUGAGCAGCGUCGUUGAGGCCUCCCUGGGCCCAGCGCCCCGCAGCUCGGCCACCUGCGAAGGCCCCGCGCCCACGCGGGCGCCCCCCGCCGGCCACCUGCCGGGGGGCCGCGCCGCCCGUCCGACCGCGGGGACGCGGAGCUGCAGCCUGCACUCACAGCUGGUGCCGGUGAGCGCGCUCGGCCUGGGCCACCGCUCCGAGGAGCUGGUGCGCUUCCGCUUCUGCAGCGGCUCCUGCCGCCGGGCGCGCACCGCGCACGACCUCAGCCUGGCCCGCCUGCUGGACGCCGGGGUCCUGCCGCUGACCCCCGGCGCCCGGCCGGUCAGCCAGCCCUGCUGCCGCCCCACGCGCUAUGAGGCCGUCUCCUUCAUGGACGUCAACAGCACCUGGAGGACUGUGGACCGCCUCUCCGCCACUGCCUGCGGUUGCCUGGGUUGAGAGUGCUCUCCAAGGCCUUGCAGGCUGGACCCUUACCCGCGGUGCUCCCCGACAGGAAGGGCCUGGGGCCUCAGCCAGAGCCAGGCCUCAGCCGGUGAGUGAUGGACACCAGCCCUGGAGAGAAGGAGGGAAGGACUAGCCAGCGGCCACGCGGCCCGCACCCUGGAGCCAUAGCCCUGCAGACUCGAGCCCUCAGCUGUGGAGACCAUAGGACCCACUUCUCACAGGUUCUGGCACUGGCCAAGUCACGGACCCUGGCCUCCUAGACAACCCAGCAGUGUCUGAAGUCUCA